UUCCGACCCAUCAACUUCACAUAGCGGGGCUCAGCCUGCCGUGCAUACAAUUACACCCAGAAAAUCAAGGAUACACAUCACAAAGACCUUCCCAAAUCUAGGAGAGUUUGAGUCACAGAGGGAGCCGAGAAUCAGAGAAGAAAUAACAUUAAAAAAAUAUCAGAGGGAUUAUAGACAGACACUGAAUCCUGAGGCCCUAAAAGUGAAGAAAGAUUUUGGUCAGCUUCCUUUCUCAGACUUAACCCAAACUAAUAAUACGAGCUGGUGAAGACUUCAGCCUGAUCUGUACAAGUUUGAACUGAAGACUUUGGUGGAUUGACAAGUUCAGCUUUGCACCAUGGAUCAGGAGGAUGACAAAAACUCUGUGGAUAUUCAUGACAAUCCUCCAGCUCCUGACAACGUAGUGAGGGAAGAUGGAGACACUGUCUAUUUCAUCUAUGAGGAGGAGGUGGAGGUGGAGGAGAAGGAACCGGAGCCUCCUCCAGAGCCUGUUAUUCGGAUCAAUGACAAACCCCACAAGUUUAAGGACCAUUACUGCAAGAAGCCCAAGUUCUGUGACGUCUGUGCUCGCAUGAUUGUUUUGAACAACAAAUUCUGUCUGAGGUGCAAGAACUGCAAGACCAACAUCCAUCAUUCGUGUCAACACUACGUCGAGUUCCAGAGGUGCUUUGGAAAAAUUUAUUGUGAUUCUCUGCAGCCACCAGGCUUCAGACGGGCCUACAGCUCCCCUCUGUACAGCAGUGACCAACCAGACCCAAACAACCCGAACCGGAACGACCCCGUCUUUGAUACCUUGAGGGUUGGCGUCAUCAUGGCCAACAAGGAGCGCAAAAAGAAUGAAAACGACAAGAAGAAUAUGAUGAUGAUGAUGGAAGAGGAGGAAGAAGAAAACCAACAACCCAAAGAAAACGAAGAGGGAGGAGAAGGGAAGCCUGAAGAUAAAAAAGAAAAAGGUGGAGACAAAGCGGAUGACAAGGCUAAAGGCACCUUCACCGGGUCUCACUACUACCUGGCUCUCUACCGCUUCAAAGCCAUCGAGAAAGACGACCUCGACUUUCACCCUGGUGAUCGGAUCAUAGUUCUGGACGAUUCCAAUGAAGAGUGGUGGAGGGGGAAGAUGGGGGAGAAGACCGGCUACUUCCCUGCCGACUACCUCAUCAAAGUGCGCGCGUCAGAAAGGGUUUACAAGGUGACCCGCUCCUUUGUGGGCAACAGAGAAAUGGGACAAAUUACCCUCAAGAAAGACCAGAUUGUAGUGAAGAAAGGAGAUGAGAAAGCGGGCUACCUGAAGGUCAGCACUGGACGCAAGCUGGGCUACUUCCCUGCAGAUCUUCUUCAGGAGAUCACAUUCACAUAAAGUGCAACAAUAUGCAAGAAAAAAACAUAGAUCUACAAAAGAAAAUCAGUUUUCUUUUAUUGUGAUUGCUGUGAUCUAUUUCUGUUGUUGACAUGCUGAUCAUUUGAGAAAGCUUUUGUUAUUUUCUUUGUCAGCGUUUUAGACUGUUGAGUUAAGGUUAGCACACUUUAAACUAAGCAUUGCCUGCUGAUAUUUUGUGAGCUCAGGUCUAAAUAACAAGUAGAAAAAUGGAACUAGCUUCCAUCUAGAGAUGAAGAAGCAAAUGCAGAUUGCCAGUUAAUGAUUGUCUAUGAGAUUAAAAAUUUUUUUUUUCCCCUUAGAUACAUUUAAUAGGCACCAACUCUGAGUUAAAUCUAAAAACAUGUCGACAUAUUUCAUGUUCUAUACAGGGUUGUGCAGUUGCACAUGCUGUAUCUUCUACAGUAUGUAGAAGAUACAGUAUGUGAUAAAGGUGUUUCAUAAGACUUAAAAGAAAUAUUUUUUUGUUUGAGUUAACAUAAUCUCACAUUGAAUUAUUUAAGGAAAACAUUAAUUUUAUUUUGAAUAAAUUUAUUAUGUUUUUUUUUAAUUAUUAUUAUUUAUUCAUGACUUUCUCUUUCUUUUGGCUGUUAUUAUAAAGUGCUACAUUUCUUCAAAAUGGGAAAAUCAAGAGAGUUUUUAUUUUCUACACUGCAGGAUAGGAAUAAAGCAUAAUAUUUACCAUAAGAAUAUUUUAUCCAUGUCCAGGUCAAAAGGGGUAAUUAGCUCGCCACUUAAAAAUUCCUAUUCUGGCUGGAAUCUUAUCCCCAUCAUUUGUUCCCCUAAAAAUAAGGUUACCACAGAACAAGGUUACUAUAAAAGAGCUACAAUUGGUGGGUUCGUUAAACCUAUGUUCUAUGUCACACGGAGAAAGAAUGGUAAGAGAUGUAAAAAAAAUAAUAAUAAUUUUUCAUCAGGAAACUCCAGCAAAGAGCAGUAUUUGAGGAUCACCAAGUCUCUAUUUAAAUAUUUUAUUUCAAGGCUUUGGUGCGCCAGUGGUAACGUGGAAACAAAGCAAAGCACCGUUGUAGUUUUCAAUAAAUAACGUAGGAGAUGAAGGUGUGUGUAUGGACAACCGGUAGAAGGUUGAAAAAGUAACAAGUGGUGCUCAAAUGUGUUCACUUGUUACUGAUUAUCGAAGAAUGCACUUUUCAGAUCUUAGGAACAUAAAAACUCAUUUGCCAAAGCAAGUUUGGGACAAAACUAAAAUGACCUUAACGCUUCAUUGUUUAUUUUGGAGUUUAAAGUUUCGAGUGAACGUGAUUCCCAGAGGAACUUUCCUGAGGGAUUCCUGAAGUUUUGUGCGUCCUAAUCUAAACUCUGGAAGCUUAUCGAUGUACUUCGGACGAGGUCAAGACACUUAAUUCAGUCAGAUCCAACAGCUGAGCUACUGUAGCUAUUGAACGGUAGUAACUGAAAAUGCAGUGCUGGUUCAGUUCAUUGAAACUUGCUGAGCUUGGAGCUACAUUACCGUAAACCAGUCAAUGUGCCCACGCAGUGGAGAUGAGAAGAGAUUUAAUGUGUAAAUAUCACCAAGUCGAUAGGUGCUUUACUGAUCGACUUAUUGCAAAGAAAACUAAAUGCUGAUUUUGAAUCAAACGUUCAAGGGGUGCAACAUAAUGUUUUUAAUUUGUAUAUUUUUCAGUCAUUCAUUUGUUUCCAGUUGAAUUGUGAAAGACAUACCAGAUUAAGACUAGAAUUUUUUUUAAUUAAACAGGGCUAAUUUAGUAAAACCCUCUAUAUUUUUCCCAAUACAAUUCAAAUACUGUGUUGUAACUUAUGUAGCUGUAAAUCCUAAUGACUCUACAUUUUCCCUUAGCUGACUUUAAAAAGCUUUGCAUGUCAAAUAAAAAUACUACAGUAGAA